GUUUUCUUAAUCAUUAUGUCAAGAAUAUUGAACUCUUUUUAUACGGUUUAUUUUAAACAGUUGAAUAAUAUAAGUAAUAUUUGGACAAAUUUCAGCGUGCUGGAAAUAAGAAAUUCCAACUCUUCGCACGAAAGUCUGGUCUGAGCUUCUACAGGGAAAUAUUCAAAAUCUAAAUUAUCAUAGAUAUAUUACAGGUUAAAAAGUAGUAUAGUUCAUCUCAUUGUUCAGUAGUGACUAGAUUAUGACUUUUUUUCAAUGGGGUUAUUAAUCAUUCACACUAUGAUGCAUUGAUACAUAUAUAUCGAUGAAACAUAUAAACAUUCACCAAAGAGAUUGAAUUUGAUGUCAACCAAUUGACUUUUCUAGAUUCCAUGAUCGAAAGACAGCAGAACAACAACAAAAAUGAAGAUGAAUAUAUAUUCAGAAAGCCAACACGUUUGCAUAGACGUCUGAAUUAUUAUUUUGCACAUACCUUAACCACUAAAUUGACCGUUUCUAAGAGUCUCAUCAACAGAGCUAAUCGUCUGAUGACAAUGGAAGAAGACAAAAAUAACGAGUUAAAGUUGAUUCGAUCCGUACUUAAAACAAAUAACUAUCCUGAUAGAUUUGUUAGAAGAAUCUUGAAAAAUGAAGUGAAGAAUAGUUUGAAAUGUCAUCCAAAGAAAUGGAUCAAUACUGGGGUGAUUUCAUUUUGUAAAGAGAUAUGAAUAAGAAUUCUUAACAAGGAUGACACAAAGGUUUAUUU